UGCAGAAACAUACACCACCAACUCCUCAUCAAAUCAUGUCCACAAAGCAUAACAAAGUUUCCAAAAACAAGAUGUCUCUACCAGUCUCUUCAAAUAAGAGGAGCUUUGACGAUGAGGAGCAGAAGAAGGAGAACAAAAAUCUGAAGCGCCUGAAGAAGGUGGUGGCAGAGUGUAGGGCGCAAACAGAGUCAGCAACAGAGUUCCAAAAGAACAUGUUGAGAGAUCUGGACCAUAUUAAGUCCGAUCUCAUAGGAAUUGGCAAGAUUAAUCAGCCAGUGAUCGAGCGGAACACGCAUAUUCUUGUGUUGCUUGAUCUGCUUAUGCUCGUGAUUAUCUUUGAUGGGUCAGUUUCCUCUGUAAUUCUCUGUUUACUUAUUUUUCUUGAAUAGUUUUUACGGGUUUCUUUAUGGGACUCUCUGUUAUUGCUAGUUAAAGGCUGCUGUAGCAGAAGGUGGAGGACGUUUUUGUUGAUCUGAAGAUACCAAAGGAAGACAGCAAGGACUACCACUACACCCUCCUUACCAUCCUUUUCAUUGUCAUCACUACAUGCUUUUAUUGUGUAGCGAUGGCUAAUAAGAUUGUGGGUUUUAAAUUUUUAAUGGUUUGGUAUUGUAUUAGUUUUCUUCAUGAAUUUCUUUUGGAUUUGUACUGAUUUGCUUCACAUAAAGCAAAUUAUGUGAAUAGACUCUCAAAUCAAAGCAACAGGGGUGAAAUGAAAUCUGGGUGUAAUAAGAACCUUAUGUAAGAUAUAUAUACUGAGUGAAAUCUUAUUCAUUUUGCUAAUCAA